AUGGCUCAUCAACUUGGCCGUCUUUUGGAGACCGGGGAGGUUGGAGACGUGACUUUUGAGGUCCGCGGGGAGACCUUUGUGGCGCAUAGGCAUCUGCUCGCUGCUCGAUCGCCGGUGUUCAUGGCGCAGCUCUUCGGUCCCAUGAUGGAGAAUGGUGCAAAGUGUAUACAGAUUGAUGACAUGGAAGCCAAAGUUUUCAAGAUGAUGCUCCACUUUGUUUACACGGACACACUGCCUAAUAUAGAUGAAGGUGAAAUCACGGAGAUGGCUCAACAUCUGUUUGUGGCGGCAGACAGAUACAAUUUGGAGAGGCUCAAAUUGAUUUGGGCGAAUAUGCUGUGCAACUACAUGGAUGUAGGUACAGUGGCAACUACAUUGGCACUGGCUGAGCAGCAUGAUUGUGACAAGCUUAAGGAGGUAUGCUACAGGUUCCUCACGUCUUUUCGAAAUUUGAAGGCAGUCACGCUGACUGAUGGUUUUAAGCAUCUCAAGAUCAUUCGCCCCAAUAUUCUAGAGGAGCUACUCGGUCGUUAG